AUGUCAUCUGCUCGACAGUCUUUCCCUAUCUCCGUCGAUACGACCCAGAAAUCGGAAGCAGUGUGUGAAGGAUGGGUCCUCAAGAAGAGAAGGAAAAAGAUGCAAGGUUUUGCACGGAGGUACUUUGUCCUCGACCAGUCAGGAUCCUUGUCCUACUCCAUCGAUCCAAAACGUCCCAUACGCGACCAGAUAUUCCUCCCUCAUGCUGCGUUAUCCACUGCUGUUGGUCGUAAAGAUAUACACAUAGACUCAAGUAAUGCCACGUUUCAUAUAAAGUGUUUGACCGCAGAUGACUUCAAUAAAUGGUUAACUGCAAUAAGACAGUUUGUCCAUCCCGAAGGACGACGGUCCCUUGCAGGAAAGAUCACACCUAGACUGAGUCAAUCCCAGUUUAAUAGAUCUGGAAUUCAAAUAGCUGAGGAUAUUGGCUCUACAAUAUCUGAGUUGGAAAUUGCUUUCGCCACCCUCCAAUCCGAAAGUACGCACGAGAGAAACCACCUUUCACUGAAGUCCAAGUCGGAGAAGGAUAAGCAUCACCACCAUCCGAAAGAUGUUUUCAACAUGUUCAAAAAAUCCCACCAGGUUAACGAGGAUGGCACGCUACCAAAGAGCAACCUUGAUUCUCCGUCAAAUGUUCGCUUUCAACAAAUUAACACGACCCUUGCAUCUCUUAAGUCACAACAUGCUGCCCUACUCAAGUCCUUAGCGCACGAUGUCACAGCCCCACCAACAGCCCGCGGCUCUCCUCUUCCUCCUACUACAGAAGAGAAGGAAGAAGAACCUCUCUCAACUUCUCGCUUCAAUACAGCACUCACUCGUAGAUCAAACUUAGCGAUCUCCAUGUCGAGUCUGAGUGACAGCGCACAUAACGAAUGGUUUGACGCCGAAGAGGGCCUAGGCGAGGAGUUUUUCUUGGAUGUUCCCAACCCAGAUGAGGAAAGGGAGCCCAUAGUUCUCCAAUCUGAAAAUAGCAGCUUAAAUCAAACAGUAUCUAGCGACGAUGAAGAGCAUUCCUCACCUCUAGUCCAUGAUACAGACCCCUCCGCGAACGCUCGUCAAGUGGUACGACGGACGCGCUUACCUUCGGGACCGAUCGGUGACGAGGGCAGUUUGUUUGCCAUUCUCAAGAACAAUGUCGGAAAGGACUUGUCUACAAUCGCAUUGCCCGUAUCGUUCAAUGAACCCCUGACUUUGUUACAACGUACAGCAGAAGAACUGGAAUAUUACAACUUACUACACCAAGCAACUGAGGCCAAGGAUCCCACUCAACGCCUGUGCUUCGUUGCUGCGUUUGCCGUGUCCGGCUAUGCACACACAAGAUAUCGGACCGGUCGCAAAGGCUUCAAUCCCAUGCUUGCUGAAACAUUUGAAGAUGUGCGAAUGAAGUUCCUGGCUGAGAAGGUGUCCCACAAUCCUGUCGUAAUUGCAUACCACGCAGAAGGCGAAGGCUGGGAAUUGAACGCGACUUCGGCCGGGAAGACCAAGUUUUGGGGCAAGAGUUUGGAAAUCAUUCCCCUUGGGACAACGCGACUAAGGAUUGGGAAUGACACCUAUGAAUGGAACAAACCUUCAUCAUUCAUGCGAAACCUGAUGAUGGGAACAAAGUACCUGGAACAUUGUGGCAAAAUGACCAUUGAAAAUACAACGAAUGGUGCAACUUGCGUCCUUGACUUCAAACAAAGCGGAUAUUGGGGUGCAUCGAAUGAAGUCUCUGGUAUAAUACUCUCUCCAUCCCGUGAUGUAACUGCCCGCAUAGAAGGCAAAUGGGACGAACAAGUCGCGCAGGCGCUCGACUCUUCCUACUUGCAUGUCCUCUGGCGCAUCACUCCAUUUCCGAAGGAGUCCCCUCAGUACUAUGGCUUUACUGCGUUUGGGAUGACAUUGAACGAGAUCACGAGCGACCUCGAGGGCCGUCUGCCUCCUACGGAUUCACGAUUCCGACCCGAUGUGCGUGCACUAGAACAUGGGAACGGUGAUGAGGCGGAGGCUCAGAAGAUACGUGUUGAGGAGAUACAGAGGGAUAGGCGAAGACGUGGCAUAAAUCGAACACCGAGGUGGUUUAAGCAGGACGGGGAUGAGUGGACAUAUGUCGGAGGGUAUUGGGAGGCCAGGGCAAAGGGGUGGAAGGACACUCCAGUCGAACCACUUUGGUGA